AGUCAUGAUUACCUGAAAGCAGGGCGGAGCCACAAAGCGGAUGUGGUUGACCUGCCGAUGGAAGAUGACAGAUAUAAGAAGCUGCCAAUAGGAGCACAUGGGGCAGGUUCAGACAUGAUUUACACCAUUGAAGACGUCCCACCCUGGUACCUGUGUAUUCUACUGGGACUACAGCAUUACCUGACAUGCUUCAGUGGCACUGUGGCAGUGCCGUUUCUUCUGGCCGAGGCGAUGUGCGUCGGUCGAGACCAGAACACCAUCAGUCAGCUGGUCGGGACCAUUUUCACCACCGUCGGAAUCACAACGCUGAUCCAGACCACCGUGGGAGUCAGACUUCCUCUGUUUCAGGCGAGUGCGUUUGCAUUCCUGAUUCCUGCUCAGGCGAUUUUCAGUCUGGACCGUUGGAAGUGUCCCCCGGAGGAAGAGAUUUAUGGGAACUGGAGUCUUCCACUCAACACAUCACACGUGUGGCAGCCACGCAUCAGAGAG